AAUUGUAUGAUUUGCAAUUGGGCCUUUUCCUAGCCCGUAAUAGUGGGCCUUUAGGUUUGCUUAUCAUCUCCGGAAACCCUACUUUAUAAUCCACCUUCAUCUUUCCUAAACCCUAAUCUAGCAGUCGAAGUUUUCCAACAGCACAGAGCCAUGGGAAGAAGACCUGCUAGAUGUUAUCGUCAAAUCAAGAAUAAGCCGUAUCCCAAAUCGCGAUUUUGUCGCGGUGUUCCUGAUCCCAAGAUCAGGAUUUAUGAUGUUGGAAUGAAGAAGAAGGGCGUUGAUGAAUUCCCUUUCUGUGUUCAUCUUGUGAGUUGGGAGAAAGAGAAUGUUUCCAGUGAAGCUUUGGAAGCAGCUCGUAUUGCCUGUAAUAAGUACAUGGCGAAAUUUGCUGGGAAAGAUGCGUUUCAUUUGAGGGUUAGAGUUCAUCCCUUCCAUGUUCUUCGAAUUAACAAGAUGCUUUCAUGUGCUGGAGCUGAUAGGCUCCAAACUGGUAUGAGAGGUGCUUUCGGUAAGCCACAAGGAACUUGUGCAAGAGUUGCCAUUGGUCAGGUUCUUCUUUCUGUUCGAUGCAAGGACAGCAACAGCCAGCAUGCUCAGGAGGCCCUCCGCCGUGCUAAGUUCAAGUUCCCUGGUCGUCAAAAGAUCAUUGUUAGCAGGAAGUGGGGAUUCACUAAAUUCAGCCGAGCUGAUUAUCUCAAGUUUAAGUCAGAGAACAAGAUUAUGCCAGAUGGUGUUAAUGCAAAGCUUCUUGGAUGCCAUGGGCCUCUUGCAAACCGUCAGCCUGGAAGAGCUUUUCUACCCCAAACUGCCUAAGCUAAGCUAGUUAAAUUUCCAUUUCUAAAAUUAUGUGGAAUUAAUGUCGACAUUAUUAGUAUUACCAUCGUCUCUGUUUGAACAUUGUGAAAUGAGCGAGUCUCUUUUUUGCCUUGGUUUAUUACUUUUUGAUAUUGGAAUGAAACUUCAUUUCUUUUGAUUUUAUA